AGCUACCGCCUUUCCGUUACUUAGUCGCAGAGGCUGUUAUACCUCUCACCUCUAGGAGUAGCCAUGGUAGACAUGAAUGACACGAUGUUAGACACAGUCAACCUCCUUUCAUCAGAGAGCGACAACAUGGUUGUGGACGCAGACUUUUAUGAUCACGACAGCUCUGAUAUGCCAGAUCCUGGGGUGCUCUCAGAAAAGGAUGAAUUGGGUCUGAUGGAGUCAUCACAGGCCCUGCAGCUCUUUACCAAUAACCAGAGGUGGCAGGCCAUGACACUGCGUUCCCGCGCCCGAUUGCUGUGGCUGCACCUUCGUACAUACCUUCCUGCCAUUGUGGAAAAGGAAAAGAGAGCAGAGCUGCGGGUCACUCGCUUGACUCAUGGGCUGGAGCCUCUGCGUUUCCUGAAGGUGGCAGCUGGAGUCUGCUCAGUAGCGCAAGACCCAGUGGGUGAACGCUUUGUGCUACUAGAUGGGGCAGGCUACCUGCAUCAGCACACAAAGGAUGGCUGGGUGCAGACAAAGAGGAAGGCUCCUGUCAUGCUUAACGGGCUAGUGACUAUGCCUGGCCAUCUAGGAGAAGUGGGCCGCUUUGUAGGCUGGGGCCCAGCUGGACUAACCAUAUUAGGGCAAGACUUCAACCUGCUCUGGCUAGGCCAGCCACCAGUGAGCAAAACACUGGGCCAGGAGCCUUUUUGCUGCUUACCAGUGCCCAGCAUGGGACUGUUGGUUGUGGCCCAGGUGGGUGGCAGCCUGGAGUGCUGGAAGUUCCGUUUAGGCGGUUGCCGCCUUGAGUCCUGUGGCUCACCUUUACCACCGCCCCCUGGCUUGUCUGGCUCGCUCAAGUGUCUGGCCCUAGGGUCGGAAGCUGACCCCUGCACCCGGCGCUGCUUUGCUGCCUAUGGCUCGGCAGUGCUCACUUUUGAUCUGGACUCCUGGACUCUUGUUAGUGUGUGCCAGGAUCUGCACAAAACCAUCAUCUCAGGCCUGCAGUAUUGUGAGGAGGUAGAAGCCAUGGUGACGGCUUCCCGGGACAGUACCGUGAAGGUGUGGGAGGCUGACUGGCAGAUCCGGAUGGUGUUCGUGGGCCACACAGGCCCAGUGACUGCCAUGACGGUGCUCCCGAACACCACGUGGGCAGUGUCUGCCUCACAGGAUGGGACGCUACGCACGUGGGACCUGCGGGCUGCAACUCAGGUGGGAGAGGUAACACUGGGUAGCUGGAGCAAAGACAUGCUCUCUGAGAGAGUGAGCCGUCUGGUGGCUCCUGUAGGUCCUGGCUGGCCGGUGCUUGCUCUCUACUCAAAAAUUGUGGAGCUGUGGCGCGUGUGUGACCUCUACUCGCCAUUAGCGCAGCUGUCAGCACAGGUGCUCCACAUUGACAUCGCGCCCACGCUGCCGGCACCAGCUGAGCCAUCUCUGCCCUCUCGCCUUGUCUGCGCCUGUGCAGAUGGGUCGGUCUACCUGGUGUCAGCUACGACAGGACGAACCGUGAGUGCGCUGCUGCUGGAGCCAGAGGACUGUGCAGCUGGGGUGGUUUAUUGCUUGUCUCGAGAAGCUCUGUGGGUGUUGACACGCACGGGGCACCUGGUGCACGCCAACGCAGCACGCUGCCCCAUGGUCGUGCUGCACCGCCUGCCUCCACCUCCGCCCCCAGCGCCGCAGCCCUGCUGCUUGCACCUCUACAGCCAUCUCACAGACCCUCGUAGUGCAUUUGCUUGCUGGGAGAUCACGCACCAGAAUCAGGGGGACAUGCGCCGCAACACCGUUGCCUGGGCCUGGAAAAAUAAGAACAGGUUCCUACCCAUGAUGGGGCACUCGGAUGGCACACUGUCUGUGCUGGAUUGGCACACGUUAGAGACGGUCUUUAUUACAGAAGCACACAACCCUGGACCAGUGACUGCUAUUGCGUCUACCUGGAACAGCAUCGUGACUUCAGGUGGAGAUCUAACGGUAAAGAUGUGGCAUGUGUUCCCGUAUGCCGAGGAAAGCCUGAGCCUGCUACGCACCUUUUCCUGUUGCCAUCCGGUGGUAACGCUCUGUGUCCUGGGGAAUAGAAUCACUGUAGGCUUUGAGGAUCCAGAGAGUGCUACCUAUGGCCUAGUGCAGUUUGGCCUGGGUGACAAAAUGCGUUGUGACCACCGGCCACAGGAUGACCCUACGGACCACAUUACUGGCCUAUGCUGCUGCCCUACCCUCAAGAUCUAUGCCUGCUCCAGCCUGGAUUGUACCAUCCGAAUAUGGACCUGGGAGAACCUCCUACUCCGGCUCCUGCAGCUGGAUGGUCCCCCUCGGGCCCUGGCCUUCUCCAGCAACAAUGGAGACCUGGUACUCGCACUAGGUUCCCGCCUCUGCCUGGUGCCACAUAAGCUCUACCUACCCACAUCCUAUCUGGUUAAGAUAUUGUGUCAGAAGACCCCUGAUGUAGUGAACGACCCUCCGCUGCCGCUGACCAAUCAGAUGCCGCUGACACCCACCCAGUUGCAGAAGCUUGCCAGUCUACACGGAGCAGCCAGCCUCAGUGCAGCCUUGCCCUUCAGCUACCGCCAGACGGCAACACUUCAGCAGCCAGUGUUAAAGGAGGAUUUGGAGGAUAUUAUAGCGAGGGACCAAGAUCUUCGAGAACUGAGGCAAGGACUGGUGGUCCCAGCAGCUCGGCCCCCACUCACCUGGCAGCAGCGCGAGGAAGCCUUUGACACUUAUUUACAGCUGAUCUAUGGGUCCGAACUGCUGGACAUAAAAUCUGGAAGGGAGUCCCAGCAAUGGAACAUAGACUCCCAGAUGAUGGAGAACUUGCUUGGAACUGCCAUUAAUGUUCAGAAUGCUACAGUUGGCGCUGACACUCAAUCAGUUUCCUCACCCUUAGCUCUCCAAACCCCAGGAGCCCCAGGCAGGCGCUUUGCCCGCCCUCCCCGGGUCUCCUUGCCCAUUCCACCUGCCCACCGAAAGGUGCAUAGCCGGGCAUCCCAGCUUCUAGCACGGUCCUCCCUGAGCUAUGAGCUGGGCCUCAGUUUGGAUCUGCAGCUCCUGUGGGAUAAGUUUGAAGGAAAGACCACAGACCAGGACGCCUCGACGACCUACCACUACCUGCAACGUAGGGUUCCAUUGUUGCUGCACAGAAGUCCCAGAGAGCGUCCCUCGUACCUUGGGGGCUUUUUUCCUGCCACCAUACAUCCUGACCUGCCAUUCUCUCGGCCCGUCAACUUUCCCGGCUGUGUGCCCAACUCUGUCAUACUGCAGCGGAUGUGGCUGCAUGCAGAGGUCAGAUACCUGGGAUCCCUACCAGAGCUUUCUACCCAGAGCAAACUCAAGGCAAGGAACGAUGAUGACCAGUGGCUAAAGCGCCGAAAACAUUAUACUGGGAGGUGGCGAAAGAAACUGAUUAAUUGGGUUCGAAUGACACGCAGGAGAGAGAUGAAGAAAAGGGAGGGUAAGAAGAUAGAAGAGGAGGAGGAGGUGGAGAUGGAGUGGUCCUCCUCCUCCCCAGCUUCCGAUGAGCAGCCGGAACCCUGGGAGCCAGACACUCAAGUAGGCCCCUCAAGACUCAUGGGAAGGGCCUCUACAAUCAAGAUCGAGGAACACACUGUCUCGGGAGAGCGCUACGGGCAUUUGCCCGAGUUCCUGCAUUAUUUCGUUGUCCAGAACUGGUUCAAAAAGAUGUUCCCUAUCUUUUCCCUGGAGGCCUAUCCAGAGAUGAGCACUAUAGAUGGCUUGGCCUCCCUGUUUAUGGACUUUCUGAGACAAGCUACUUGGGCAGAGCGAGUGAAUAUUCUGAGGGCCCUGCUAAGGCUCUUGCCACAAAUGAAUGAUAAACUUCGCAGCAAGCUGCAGGGCAAACUCUUGUACUUGCUCAACCAAGACCAGCCCCCCAGCCUCGAGGACAAGAUUCAGAAGGAGUUUGUGAUGCUGGCACUGCAGUUGCUCCUGGGCUGCAGCCUGGAGGUCUUUGAUGUAAUCCUGGAACUUCUGUCCUACUAUCUCUACUCUCCAGCCACUUGUCAGCAAGAGCUCAAGAAUCUGCUCCUUGGGCUGAGCCUCCAUGACCCACAGGGCAUCCUGUUCAAGGAGAUUCUGACCUGGGUUGAGGGUUUCAAGUUCGACUCCAAGGCCAUGCUACGCACACAUUGUCAACAGAAACUUGAGGAAAUUGUUCUCCAGAUGAGUAACAUGGAGCAGUCUACAGCCAGUGUUUCUGUGGAGACUUCCAGAGAGGUCUCCUCACAAGCCUCCCUCACUUCUGGGCCAUCCUUACCUGCUCCGAGCUUCUCUUUGACACCUUCACGGGCAUCAGAGGCAUCCUUGCGAGUGACCGUUUCACCUGUGCCUUCACCUGUGGAGCCUGUGGUACCCAUCCCAGAAUUCCAGGUUGCAGGCACACAGGCGCAUGCGCGGAUGCGGCCCAUCAAAAGAGUACUCUCUGAUACACUGAAGAUCUUCUCUUCUGAGCCUGAGGACAACUUGCACCUAUCUGUGCCCACUGUAGUAAAAAAAGGGCCACCGCCACUGGAGGAGACAGAAUGGGCAUGCUCUCAGACAAUGGACAUGUUUCAUAUUGAGUUGCUUAAUUUGUUCUGUGAGAGGCAGCGGUCACUGCGGCAGAACUUGCUGGAGGAAGAGGAGGAGGAGGAAGAGGAGGAGGAGGAGGAGGAGCAUGAGCGUUUACCAGCCUCACCUCUAGGCCAGCUAAGACCCAACAUUGUGGUGCGGCCACCCCAGGAACGCUGGCUCUAUCCCAUCCUCCGUCUGCAGGAGGCCAAAACAAAGAGAUUUGAGAUGUUUCUCAGGAGUGACAGGCUGUACCGCCAGGGCCCAGUUCAUGAUGGUUCACUCCGAAUAUUGAAGCUGCCACUGCCACGAGUGGAAUUGCAGCCAUUUCCCCCAGGCUGGCCUGCACCCCCACGGGCGCUGCCCCCAUUGCUCCUUCAACCUACACUGCAACGUUACUUCUUGUUCCAAGACACAAACCCUGACCACUACAAUUGACCUGGAGACACAGGUAGCCAAGGCUUCAUGGCCAAGACCCAGUCCUACCACCUUGGCAAAUCACAACAGCAUGCUUUGUCUAAAUAUAAAACUAUAUAAA